AUGUUCCCGAAACGGAUAGAACGCGGUAACACGAGCAGUGCAGUAUGUGAGAUGAAUUUGGCGACACAGGCGAGGGCGAGAGGCGCGGCGAGCGGGCCGGCGCCGAACACGAUCGCGCGCACGAGCGCUGGUAACACCGGGACUCCGCCCGUGCAGUCGCCCGCCGCGCCCCCCGCCGGCGCCGCGCCCGGGGGCCCGGGGCCGCUGGGGCCACUGGGCGCGCCUGCCCCCGCGUCGCCGGCGCGCCGCGCGGGGCCCGCCGUCGUGCCGGCGCCCAACGUGCAGGUGCCCGCGACCUCGACGCCCGCCACGCAGCCCAACCUCAUGCAGAAGUUCUCCGAGAUGACGGCGCCCGGCGGGGACAUCCUCAGCAAAGGCAAAGAACUAAUAUUCAUGAAAUUUGGGCUCGGGGGCAAAUAGUAGCGGUGGCUCCUACGGACUGGCUCGUGUGCUUAGUUACCAUCGUGGCCGUGCUGUGGGGGGCCCUGACGCUGGGCGCCAGGAUGCCAGGGCUGCUGUCUACUCUGUUCCAAGUGCCGCUGCGCUGGUACUUGCCUGACGCAAUUAGGAGAUUGUUGUACAUAGUAAAUUUCAAUAAACGCACAGUCUAGUGAAUAUUCCGAGUAUUAGUGCUGUCUCAAUAGCAUCGACGGCCGGAGCGUCCGGCUGGUCGCGUCUCCGAUGCUUCUCUAUGUUGGGCUCACGUCCUCCUGUUAGGUUAGAAUAUGAUAUCGAGUGAAUUGUUUCCACAUUAUCGGAUCUGCAUUAUUUACUAUGUGUAGGACAGUUGUAAUGUUACUAUAUAUACCUAGGUAUUACUACACGAUCCUUAUGGCAUAGAAUUGUUGUGAUUUUCUACGUUACGUUUUUGAUCGCUAGCUGUGAGUUACCUGAAUGUAUCCUAAAUGAGUAGUUGAAACUUAAAUGUUUAUUUCACCGUAUUUCAAUGUAAGAACUAUUACUGUUAAUGUUAACAAUACAAAUAUUUAUUAGAUAAUUUCAAUACUUCGAGCAAUAUUGCAGGCAACGUGAUGCUGCUGCGACCGUCCCAUUGACCAAAACUUGAAUCAAUAAUAACUGUUAAUGAAUUUCUACGAAGGAAACUUGAACUAUCCCAUGAACUCCAUUUGUGAUCAAUAUAUUACAUAAGUAGUACAAUUAUAGGUCGGCCUCCGCUGUCGGACACGUCAUAAGUCAUCUAUAUAAGUAAGUCGUUCCCCUGUGUAAAAAUGACAUUAUUGAAUAACGUUACUUGUAUAUCUAAAUCCUGUUCACUAAGUUAAAUACUUGUAUUACAUACUUACGAAUACGACACUCUAUAUAUUGUGUAAAUGUUGGGAAAGUGUAAGUAUAGGUCAAUAGGUGCCUACUGAGACUUGCCGACACCCGAAUGUAAUGUCUAACUGCUGCAACUCGACUCGACUUACACGAUAAAUAUAUUUUAAAUAAGAAUUGUGUAAGCGCAUUAACUUUAUAUGCUGAUUCUUUGAUUAUUCUCGAAAUAAUAAUAUUCUGUGAUAGAAGACGUGAUACCAUCUUUAUCAUUCUUAAAUAUAAUACCUACUUACACAACAGUACUGCGUCAUUGGUCACUUCUAACGACUUAUAAAUAAACUUAAGUAUCUCAAGAUAUGUCUAAAUACUUGUUUCAUGUACUUAUACAUAUAUAUUCUGUGAACGAAGCAUUCUUUGCCAGCUUUUCAUGAAUGAGCUAAGACUUUAAAAAAAAAAUAAUAUUUAUUAUGAAUUAAUUAAAAUGUUGUUAAAACAAAUGUUUCGUUCAGAAACGAGUUGAGUUUUCCAUAAAACCUCCGCUUGAUAAAAUUCAUUUUAAGAAAAUAUCAUACAAUUUUGAUAUGGAGUUUUUAAUAAAAAAAAAACAUCAUAGAAUGUGUAAUAUUCUUAUCGUAAAAUCUGUUGGCGUGGGAAGCGACAUGUAACGUGAACUAGUUAGUGUCAUUUCCACCCGACAAAAGACUGCUUGCAUGAAAUAUUAUUACUUUUAGAAAAUAUAUAGAAUUCGUUAAAAUAAUAAUAUACUUGAUUGCGACACGAACGUGUUAGAUAAACGAAAUAUUAUUGAGACGGUGGACGUUUCAUACUUUUGAUUAAUAAUAAAUAAUUAUAUGAAGAUAUGGAUGGAACCCACCGGCCCUGCAUAGCGACGUUGGAUCUAAAUAAUUUAUAAAUGUUCUCAAGUUGUUGUUGUACAUAUUGGUCGGUAAGGUCGCUUGGACUAGCCUCCUUGGAGAUUGCUCACUUUGUACAAGGGAUUCUCUUUAAGUCCUUUUUAUUGCUUCGUAUCUAUCCAAACAAAGUUCUACGCUCUCGUGUUUCAACGUUUUCACGUAUAAAUCCAGAAUUAGCUUUGGACUCCUAGUUAAUCACUCGUAAGUAUAUAGCCCCACAGUUUAGCCCAGUAUUACCUAUGUAUGACGGAUGUAUGUAUAUACCGGUUGUACAUAACAAUGCGUGCGCCCGCAUUCCAAUGUUUUAGCUAAGCACUGCUACAUAUCUACAUUAUUUAUAUAUGUAUAAUCCAUAUUUGAAGUUUUUCUAUAAUUAAUAAAGAUAAUCUAGUGUUGUUUCCGACACAGUUCGAGUUGUUCACUUGUUUAUAUAUUGUUAUAAAACUGUACUCAUAUCUUUUAUCACAUGUGUAACUAAAUGUAUGGUUAUUUAUACCUAUGAGAUAAUAUAAAUUAUGUAUAUUAAUCGUGCAUUCAUGUGUGCAUAAUUUAAUAUAAAGAGUUGUAUAUUAUGAAUAAUGAAUUAUGGCGAAAUCUCUAACAAUGUACCAAUGAAAUAUGCUGAAAAAUAA